AUGCCAAAAAAGUUUGCGAAUGAGAAUCCGAAAGUCAUAGCGGCUCGAGAUCGUAAAGCAGCAGCGAAGAAAGAUGAACAGGAGAGGAAACAAAAGGAGAGUGAAGAACGGGAAGCGUUGCUUGAAGCUUUGAAACGAAAGGAAGAAAACGUAAACUGUGCGAGGCUGAAAUGGCAGACUCGCCGGCGUCAAGUCUGGCUUGUUCAAACACCGAGAAGGUGUACCAGGGCCAUCUUAGAGGAAAGAAAGGAGGCCGAACUUCGCUUGAGAAAAGAAGAAGAAGAGCGCGCUAAACUGGCUGCAGAAAAGAUUGAGGUUUCUUGUUUAGUUUUGGCAAUUAGUUCUUACGUUUCUACCUUUGCCGGGAGGUUGUCGACCAUCUCGAGGAAAAUGUCAACCAGCUGGAAAUUAGGAACGGCCACUGCUCGAACGGUUGCAGAAGCCAUUCAGGUUCUCGGCGGUGACCGUGAAGAAAUCGAUAAGCAUCCCGAAAAGCGAAUGAAAGCCGCUUAUCUCGCAUUCGACGAAGCACAAUUGGCCGCGCAUCAACAGGAACAUCCAACAUAUCGCUUAUCUCAGCUAAAGCAGCUCCUCAAAAAGGAAUGGCUAAAAUCCCCGGAGAACCCGCUCAAUGCCAAACUUAUGGCUCUUUCUGCUAUGGUCAAGGUGUAUCAUGGCAAGGAGUUUACAACUUACUCAUUAGAUAGGCUAAAUUCACUUACAGCCAAAGAUGUAAUCAGAGAAGUCACCAAAAGCGAUUCAGACCGUUCAGUUCUGAGUUAUACCGGACGCUUCCUCCCGUCAGACACGCAAAUGAGUUCACACAACCUUCGUGAAAGUGAUGUAUUACGCAUACUUCAGGGCGGCGGUGCUCCGAAGUUGAAUCAGCCUUGUGACGACUCGCUUCUACGUGAAUGUGACCGCUUGUUCGAUUAUUUACAGAAAGAGGAGUCCGGAUAUAUGCACAUGCGUCUGAUGGCCGAAGUUGUUGAACCGGAAUUCCUUUCAAAGAUCAUGAAACAGUUCCCAGAUCUCCGUAACGACCCGCUUGCAUGUCAUAUUCUGCAUGAUUACUACAUAUUUAAAAGCAUGGUGACGCUUCCUAAUGAUGAAGAAGGUCUCGCAAAGCUGCGCAAGUUCCAUUCUGAACAUCCAGCUCUUUUACCUGCAAUCAAUUGGUUGUUGAAGAAGCAUGCUCAAAAAGGAAGGGGAUCAACUCAGCGAACGCCACGUGUUCAAGCAGACCAGUCUCCAGCUCCAGCGGAACCCCCUCAGAUCACUCAAGAGAUGCUGAGACAAGCAAUGGCAAUAGCAUUUGGAGGUGCAAUGCCGGGUGGAUCAGGAGGUAGCGGUUCUAGCGCCUCAUCACGUCCUGCAUCUCUGGUUCCUACGCCGCCACCAGCACCAGCAGCUGCACCGGCACCUGAGCCCAAUUCUGGACCCUCGUAUGAACACAUUUUGCAAUUGCGCUCGCGAUUUGCUACUCAACUGGUCCAAUUGAACGAAUUUGGCUUCACCGAUGAAGCUGCCAAUCUGUCCGUGCUCGAAUCAACUGAUGGAAACGUCGAAGUUGCUCUCGAUUUGUUGAUUGCGAUGAGAGAAGGGCAAUAA